AUGUUCCAGGGACUUAGAAGGUCGCUCAAAAGCGACAAAGGCACAAAUGUACAGCAUAUCGGCAACUCUCCAAAAUCACCGCCUCUAAAGAAGAUAAACGCUUCCUUUAACACGCAGGUAAUCAAGGCAACCCGAGACUACAAACCCGUAAACCCUGGCGAACUCGCAUUCUCUAAAGGCGACCUUUUCCACGUUGUCUCCCACGAGGACGAUUAUUACGAGGCCUACAACCCUACUACCCAUACUCAGGGAAUGGUUCCAGCGAACUACUUCCAACUUAUGGGCGGGAACGGGAGGGACAGCCAAGGAUCAAAUGGAAGCGACAACCGCAAGACUGACGAUUCAGGUUACUCGGGGAGCAGCACGCUCAGCGAUUCUAUGAAAGAACGGGCCCAUCAGUCGCGAACGAGCAUUUCGACGAAACCCGGCGGCCCGCUUUAUGGCAUCGUUGUGUACGACUUCCAUGCAGAGCGACAAGACGAACUACAGGCCACUGCCGGUGAGGCAAUCAUUGUAAUAGCCCAGUCGAAUUCGGAAUGGUUUUUGGCCAAACCAAUCGGUCGUUUGGGUGGGCCAGGCUUAAUUCCCGUCUCUUUUAUAGAGAUCAGAGACAUGGCGACCGGGUUACCCGUUGAAAACCAAGAAGAAGCCAUCACCAAAGCCCAAGUCCCUAAGGUUGAGGAGUGGAAACGUCAGGCCGCAAAUUACAAGAAUAGUAGCAUAUCUCUUGGUAAAUUUGAAUUUGGUGAACCACAACCAACGUCACCGGGCCCAGAUCCUCCGACGCCACACCAACAGCCAAUUCACGAGGAAGAAUAUCUCCUUGCUCCUAUCUCUGCCUCCGUCGAUAGUUAUGCCUUCGAAUCGGGCAGAUACUGGUAUCUAGUCCGAUGUCAAAUGGAAGAUGGCCGGAUAUGGCACCUCUGUCGUUACUACGAAGACUUUUACGACUUCCAAAUUGCUUUACUUAAAGCAUUCCCUCGUGAAGCCGGCGCUACUGGAGAGCAGAGGACGCUACCCUAUAUGCCCGGACCGGUUGCGUAUGUUACUGACAGUUUGUCGUCCCAGCGAAGGAAGAGCUUAGAUGAGUAUAUCAAACAGUUGCUCAAGAUCAUGGCUGCAAACCAAGAAAUAUCUGAGUGCCCCUUGGUGCGACAACUAUUCGCUCCCCGUCAAGGCGAUCUCGACGUCACAGAUAGCGUCCGUGGCUCGACAUACUCCGGAUCCACAUACGUCGCGCAGCAACAAACACUCGCAAUGCAAAAUCGAGACUCCCAUCUUUCCAAUGUUUCUUCUGACUCAUCACCAGCCCCCUCCCGCCAAAGUUCCCGGGUGGACUUGAGCACAAAUAUGCGGGGAAAUGGAUCUUACCCCUCCAUUCUUUCACCCCCACCAGUGCAGAGAACUGCUGCGCAUGGGAUGAGGUCACCUGGCCCCACAAAUGGCCACUCCAGAGAAAUUCAUAUGCGUUCAAACUCCGAUAUGAGGCCCAGCCAGAUGGCUCGAGCAGAUAGUAACCUUAGUGCGAUUACUGCUGUGUCAGGGAACAGUGCUAGCGGGGCCUUUAUUAAGAUCAAGGUUCACUACCAGGACGAUUUGAUCGCUAUUCGCUUACCGGCUGAUAUCCCACUCUCACACCUUCAAGAUAAGCUGGAGCAGAGGCUAGAAACUAGACUCACUUGCAUUCAAUACCGGGACGAGCAGACAGGCGAAUACUACGACAUUAUGAGUGACAGUGAUCUCAGUACCGCGAUAAAACGAAACCCCAAGCUGGUACUGUCGGUGUCGUAA